AUGGCGACCUACGCUAAGGACUGGGUGCGUGCGGACCUGGCUCAGGAAGGCAUUACUGUAGAUGAAAGCAAAAUCGUAGAGCGUCUAAAGAAAGCAUUAGUUGGACAACAGUGCAGUAAGUUCUGCAGGGGCUGCAUGCUUUGCGCAAGUGCGACUAAUAUUACCUGCAGGCGGCAAAAAACCUUUGGUUAA